UCAGAGCGGCACGCCAGCGCGCCUGCGGCCAUGGCGGAUCCGUUCUUCUACUUGGGCCAAGACGGCGCCGACGAGGACUACCUGAUGAGCCUCGGCCUGGUCCUCCCGCCGGAGCCGCCCGCGGGCAGCGCGUUCGAGGCGUACCAGCGGCGGCCGACGUUGCUGGAGUCGCGCCUGAUGAUGAUGGGCCGCGAGCGCGGGCGGCAUAGCAACUCCGGCGGCGGAGAGAACGUGCACCGGAGGAUGUUCGGUUACUACCUGCGACGCAUUGCUCGUCGUGACGACGCCGCGGCCGGAGCUGCGCACUCGGCGCCCGCGGACGACGAGGCUGCCGUUGUGCCGCCGCCGCCGCCGCCGCCGCCGCGCAGCAGCUCGCGGUUCCGGCACAUCAUGCGCGAGCGGCUGCGGCGGGAGCGCCUCAGCCAGGGCUUCGCCGACCUCCACGCGCUCCUGCCCCCCGGCGCGUCGUCCAAAGGUGGCAAGAACGACAUCGUCGGCGCGGCGGUGGGCUACAUCAGGGAGCUCGAGGGGCGGAGGGGGUGGCUCCGCGCGAGGAACCAGGAGCUGCUGGAGCGGGCUGCCAGCAGCCGCGCGCGCUCUAGUGGAGCCGGAGCAGCGAGGAACGCCGCCGGCGGGGACAUGGUGGUGAAGGUGCGAGCCGAGAGCGAGGAUCGCGCGGCGGCGGUCGACGCGUUCGAGACGGUGCUCCGGCGCCUCAAGGCCAUGGGGGCGCUGCGGGUGACGGCGAUCCGGUCGUGCUUCUGCACCGGCGGGAUGUGGAUGAACGUCGGAGUUGAGGGCCAGGGAGCUUUUUGCAAAUGUCCUCCCUCCGGUGAAAUGGCUGGCCGCGAGCUCGCCGCCUGGCCGGUGACUUCGGCGGAGCAGGAAUUGCCGGAGCGGAGGAUCUCGCGGAUCAGCUUCCCCAAGCAGACGAUCCCAGCGUCGAUCUCCUCGUCCUCCCGGGACUGCGGCGGCGUGAAGGCAGGGGCCGACGAGAGCAGAGCUCGAGUCACGCUCGCUUGGGGGAAAGAGGGAGUACAGAAGCCAAAGCGCGACGGCGGCAUCCGCCGGAGUGAGCUCUUCGAGAUGCUUAUGCACAUCUCGUGGUGAUAGCCCUCCUGGUCCUGGAACUGGAAGGGAGGAACAGUGAGGAAUGCCGCCGGCGGAGACACGGUGGUGAAGGUGCGAGCCGAGUGCGAGGACCAUGCGGCGGCUGUUGACGACUUGACGCGUUCGAGACGGUGUUCCGGCGCCUCAAGGCCAUGGAGGAGCUACGGGUGACGGCGAUCUGGUCGUGCUUCCACGCCGCCGCCCGCGGGAUGUGGAUGAACGCCGUAGUGGAGGGCCAGGAUGAGUACGUACUAUGCGCCUGUUUGGCAUGACUCUGGAGAUGAACUCCAGCAGCUCCAAAUAAUUUUUUUUGCCAAACAAGCCAAUUUCAAAACUCCAUGGAGCUGCAAAACAAUGGACAAUGGAGCUGUAGUUCAUUAUUUUGUUAGAGUUUUGGAGCACCUCUUUUACAGCUCUAGAAAUAUCUAUUGUAGACCUAGAUGUGGAGUUGUGAUGAAAUUACCCACCACUGCCACCGGUUACGAUGAAAAACGAUUCGUUCUUUCUUUUU